GAUAUAUGUGGCAAUAAAUUCAAAGGACGUGGUGAAAUGACAGUUCACAUAAAAAAACGUCAUCUUUAUAAGAUUCGAUACCCUUGCGAUAUUUGUCCCGGUAAAUCCUGGAGAACUCUUUUUCAAUUACAACGUCAUGUUAAGGUUUUCCAUCACAAUAUAAGAGAAUUCAAAUGUGAAUGGUGUGGAAAAGAAUUCGGAGAAAAGAAUAAAUUAGUAUGUCAUGUAAGAAUCCACACAGGAGAACAACCAUUCAAAUGUAGCUUUGAAGGAUGCUCGAGAGCUUUCACACAUCAGACAGAUCUUCGUAGACAUGUUUGGGGACAUACUGGCGAACGCCCAUAUAAAUGUCAAAAUCAGUCUUGCUUGAAAGGAUUUAUGAAAAAGAGUGAGUUGUCAGCACACGAAAAUCGUUGUCAUCUGAAUGUACGCCCAAAUGUUCCGUUACCAUUCCAGUAUCAAAUGAUGUAA